CCCCAAGCUGUUGUGCCAUCAGCAGACGAAGGAAGUCCACUCCACUUGUCUCGUCGUAGCCCGCCAGAUAUACUGCAGUACCCUUGACCGCAAUAGGAUCGUGAGAUUAACGCGGGGGAGGGGAGACGGCGACGUCGCCAACGGAGCCAGCGACGCUGACGAUCCAGCUUCGCUGAGCGAACUGUCGAAGGCGUGCGGGGCUCUGAAUGCGGUCCGAGGAUCAAAGCUAACGUUAAUCGGUCAACUAGCUAAUACUGCUGAUGGCGGACACGGGGAAGCAGCCCGCGCGCGUUCCGCGCACGCGCGAGCAGGUGGUGGAUGAGAUCCUCAAGCGCGUGCUCCGCAUGGCCAUAGGCUCGCCGCCGGAUCCCCCUGCCGACGGCCAAUCCGCGGGGGGAAAAGGCGCUGGAAGUGGGAUUGUAUACUUAGAACAACUAGCGGCGGAGCUGCUUAGCGAGAAUAAGGCGAUGCUCCUUAACUCCGACGUGCUCGAGCGCGCGCUCAUGGACCGCCUGAGCAUGGGCGGAGCGGACGACGCGGGGGGCGCGGGGGGGGCGGGGGGCGCUGGUGGGGAGAGUCCGCUGGAGUACGCGGUGGGGAGCUAUGGGCGCGCGCUGGAGGAGGGGCGGAAGGUGGCGAAUAUGAAGGACCAGGAGAAGCUCAAGAUGGUGCUGCACGCGCUCGAGUGCGCCAAGGACCUCCUAAUCUCCUACGCGGGUCUCUCCCUGCAGCACCCCGACAUGUUCCCCUCGCCCGCGCGCCCGCGCUCGCACGGGCGCUCGUCCCCCCUCACGGACUUCAUAGCGGGGGAGCCCCCCGCGCUGCUGCUGGCCGCGGCGGGGGGCCCGGGGGGCAUGGGCGUGGGGACGGGCGUGGGGGAGGCGCCGGGGAGCCGGCUGCCCGUGGGGUUCCUGGCGCAGCUGGUGCAGCGGUUCGAGGGCGACGAGCUGGACGCCAUCAUGCACCCCGUCUUCACUGACAUAUCGAGCCGAGUGCUGCCGAUCUCGUUGCUAGGUCCGUUCCAGGGCCCGCUUUCCGCGCUCACAUGGCUGCUGUCCUUCCCGGCGCUGGCGCGGUGCUUCGUGCAGCACCCCAACUUCAACCCCGCCACCACGGUGGGGCGCGUUCUGGAGCGCAGCAGCCUGCUGGGGCCCUUCCUGCACAUCAGCAUCAUCCCCGACCCGGUGCUGCGCAAUGGCGUGCCCGACCCCAGCCAGCAGCUGUUUUCGAAGCCCUCGGAGCGGCGCAAGGCGGAGCUGAGCUCGUCGUUCGUGGCGGUGCGGUCGGCGUCGCGGCAGUUGCAGGCGGGGCUGCAGGAGGUGCUGCGCGUGCUGCUCAAGACCGCCCACACUCGCGACAAGGUGCUCGAGUACCUCGCUGCACUCAUCCGCACCAACGUCAACCGCGCCGCACUGCAGAUUGACGCAGCCCACAUGGCGAGUCACGGCAUGUUUGUGAACCUGGGGUCACUGCUGCUCAAGCUGUGUGAGCCCUUCCUCGACCCCUCGGGCUCCAAGGCCGACCGCAUCGACCCCGCCUACGUGCUGCAGAGCUCUGGCCGCCUCGACUUCAGCAAGUUAACGGCCAUCCAUGCGACAUCAGACGAGGUAUCCUCAUGGGUGGACCAGCGCAACCUGGCGCGCCAGCAGUCCUUCCUGCAGGCGCAGCACCACCGCGAGCACGAAGAGCUGCAGCGCCUGCAGGCCACCGCAGCCGGCGCCACCGCACAGGGGGAAGGAGGGGGAGGGGGUGGUGGUGGGGGUGCGGGACUAGCAGGGCCGGUGCAGAGUGGGGGGGGUGGUGGUUCGAGCCCUUUUGACGGCUCCCCGGCCAAAGCGGGGAGGGCUGGCAGUGCUGGUGCGGGCAGCAGUGGUGGCGGUGGUGGUGGCGGCGGUGGGGGGGGUGGGGAGCGGUUUGGGUUCAUCUGCGAGUGCUUCUUCAUGACGGCGCGCGUGCUGAACCUGGGCCUGCUGCGCGUGUUCCAAGACCUCUCCCACAUCCACCAGCGCAUGGGCAGGGACGACCGCGAGGCCGUGCGAGUGCUGGAGGCGAUGCGGGGUCCGGGCGAGCCGGCGGACCUGGAGCAACGCAUCGCGCAGCACCAGGCACGCGUGGACCAGGUCAAGGAGUACACGCUCUGCCACGAGGCCGCGCUGCAGGACCCCGAGCUCCUACAGGAGGCAGUGCGGUUCUACCACCUCAUGGUGGUGUGGCUGGUGCGGUUCGUGGGCGGGUUCCACCUGCCACUGCCUGCGCCCGCGCCCAAGGACUGGGCUUCCAUGCCCGAGCACUUUGUGGACGACGCCAUCGAGACUCUCAUGCUCGCCUCGCGCCUGCCGCACGCCCUGGACGGGCUCAGACUGGACGAGUUCAUGAGCUUCAUAGUGAUGUUCAUGGGGUCGCCGCUGUACAUCAAGAACCCCUACCUGCGCGCCAAGAUGGUCAAAGUGCUGCAGCUCUGGAUGCCCUCCCACAGUCCCACGCCCACGGUGGCAGCGUCCAUGGCGUCGUUGUUCGAAGGGCACCCCCUGGCCAUGCGGCACCUGACGCCCAACCUCAUCAAGCUCUAUGUGGACGUCGAGUUCACGGGCGGCCACAGUGCGUUCUACGACAAGUUCAACACGCGCUUUGAGAUUGCCGACCUGCUGGAGUACCUGUGGGACGUGCCCAGCCACCGCGCCGCCUGGAUCCAUAUGUCAGAGGCGGAGUGCACGGGGUUUUACCUGCGGUACGUGUCGUUGCUGAUCAACGACAGCAUCUACCUGCUGGACGAGGCCUUGGAGAAGAUCCCCAAGCUCAAGGAGGAGGAGGCAGUCAUGGCCGACAAGGACGAGUGGCUCAAGCUGCCUGCUGACGAGAGGCAGACACGAGAGCAGCAGUAUCAAAGGGACCAGUCGAUUGUGCGGUCGGAUCUGCAGCUGGCGAAUGCGAACGUGCGCAUGAUCCAGUACUCCACCACUGAGAUCGUCAAGCCCUUCCUGCUGCCCGAAAUGGUGGAGCGUGUGGCGUCCAUGCUCAAUUACUUCCUGCUGCAGCUCGUGGGGCCCAAGCGCAAGGCGCUGCGCGUCUCCAACCCCGAGAAAUACGAGUUCCACCCCAAGAAGCUGCUCUCGCAGAUCGUGAACAUAUACGCCAACCUGGCGAAGCAUGACACGGACCAUCGCUUUGCCGAGGCAGUGUCGGCUGAUGGUCGGUCAUACAGAGAGGAGGCGUUCCCUGAGGCGGCGACGGUGAUAGGGGCGCAUGGGCUGCUGCCGGGGGACGUGGUGCAGGAGUUCAUGGCGCUGGCGGGGCAUGCGAGGGCGGCGGCAGCGGAGGCCAUGGACAUAGAGGCGCAGCUCGACGACAUCCCCAACGACUUCCUCGACCCCAUUCAGUGCACGUUGAUGCGGGACCCUGUGACGCUGCCAUCGGGCAAUGUGGUGGACCGCCCUGUCAUCCUCAGACACCUGCUCAGCGACCCGAAGGACCCGUUCACGCGUGCGCAUCUGACAGCGGAAAUGCUAGAGCCCAACACAGAGCUCAAGGCCAGGAUAGACGCCUUCCUCGCACAGCACAAGGCCAAGCGCCAGCAGUAGCAGUAGCGAUAGCGAUAGCAAUAGCAUUAGGUACGAGCAGUGACAGCUGCUGCAGUUGUUUGUGUAGCAGCAACAGCAGCUGCAGACGAGAGCUCGUGUAACAAAGAGGCGAUUGCGUUACUGCGCUGGUAGCAUCACGAAUUGCGAGAUGCAUGGGCCUGAAAGGCAUGACUAAGGAAAGGAGGCUUCUUCAGGGGAAAGUUGACAAUCCUGCUAUUGCACAUCACAUGCCUGUGUUCCCGAUUCCCAGCAUCACUAUGUCGCGCGGCCAUGGUUGGAGGCAAGGUGACAUGUGGUUUACUUCAAUGCAAUGUAGCAUGAUAUUCCUGUUAGAAUAGCAGAAUGGAUAGAAAU